ACUCCUUCCCUUCACUGAGUAUAAAAGACCUCCUACGACCGUCCGUAACACUCUGCCUACCAUUACUGACCUUUUGUUCGUCUAAAAUUCUACGCUGUUAUCUUCAUUUCUUAAUCCGCAGUUCCAGAUAGACAUUGUCGAUGGCGCUGCCAAAUCAGGCCACCGUGGAGUAUCCUAGCUUCAAGCUUGUAAUUGUUGGCGAUGGUGGAACAGGGAAGACAACCUUUGUUAAACGUCAUCUUACUGGAGAGUUCGAGAAGAAAUAUGAACCGACAAUCGGAGUUGAAGUUCAUCCACUGGACUUCUUUACGAACUAUGGAAAGAUAAGGUUUUACUGCUGGGAUACCGCUGGUCAGGAGAAGUUUGGUGGACUUCGCGAUGGUUACUAUAUUCAUGGGCAGUGUGCCAUCAUCAUGUUUGAUGUCACUGCUCGUUUAACGUACAAAAAUGUUCCAACAUGGCACCGUGAUCUUUGCAGGGUUUGUGAGAACAUACCGAUCGUAUUGUGUGGAAACAAGGUCGAUGUGAAAAAUAGACAGGUUAAAGCAAAGCAGGUGACUUUCCACAGGAAGAAAAAUCUCCAAUAUUACGAAAUCUCUGCAAAGAGUAAUUACAACUUUGAGAAGCCCUUUUUGUACCUUGCCAGAAAGCUUGCCGGGAACACGGAGCUCCAGUUCGUCGAAUCACCUGCCCUGGCUCCUCCUGAAGUCCAAAUUGAUAUGGCUGUACAAGCACAGCACGAAGCAGAGUUAGCGCAAGCUGCUGCACAACCUCUUCCUGAUGAAGACGAUGAUGCUUUUGAGUAAGCGUUUGUCGUUUUGGCUCAGUGUUUAUAGUCGUUCUGGUUGUCUGGUCAGUUGUUGGUUGUGUAAUUCACCAAGUGAUUGUCAUGGUAGGUUUUGGUUUGAUAUAGUACUUACUACCGUUAUCGAUUACAGUUUUGAUAUAUGAAUGCCAUUUUUGCAUUUUAUU